CAUUUCCCUUGAACAAUAACUGUCAAAUAUAACGAAAUAUUUUAAACGAGUAGACUCGAUUCUUCUUACUCGCUGUAGCGACUUCCUCUCGUUCUUUUCUUUUACACCAACAUGGCUGAUCAGAACGAAAGAGCGUUCCAAAAACAAUUUGGCAUCAACCUAAACAGAAAACUCAAGCCCGGAGUAACCAAGAAGAAGGUUCUCCGUCGCUACCGUGACAUUGGCUUGGGUUUCAAAACACCCCGUGACGCCAUUGAUGGUACCUACAUUGACAAGAAAUGCCCAUUCACCGGCAAUGUACGUAUUCGUGGACGUAUCCUGACUGGCGCCGUCCGCAAAUGCAAAAUGCAACGCACCAUUGUUAUUCGUCGUGAUUAUUUGCACUUUGUGCGCAAAUACAGCCGUUUCGAAAAGAGACACAGAAAUAUGAGUGUGCAUUGCUCACCAGCCUUCAGGGAUGUGGAAGCCGGCGAUAUUGUCACCAUCGGUGAAUGUCGUCCACUCUCGAAGACAGUGCGUUUCAACGUUCUCAAAGUCAGCAAGGGCCAGGGCUCCAAAAAGAGCUUUAAGAAGUUUUAAGUUCUAAUAUUUUUAACUUGAUGCUUUUCCAAUAAAUAAGUAAUCAAAAAAACUGAA